AUGGCUCCUUCUUCCAAACUCAUCUUCCUCUUCUUGUUCUCCUCUGUAACUGGACUCUCUUUUACAUUCAACUUCACAGAGUCUAAACAGAGCCAUGAGUGCACUCCAAACCAGAACACUCAAUGCAUAAAAUACCAAAGUGAUGCAUUCUUCAGCAAAGGCAUCCAAAUCACCAAAGAUCAAUUCGGAGAAUCAAUCACUGGCAGCGUAGGACGGGCAGUCUACGCUGACAAGGUUCUCAUAUGGGACUCAAAAACAGGGGAGAUGACUGACUUCACCACUCGUUUCACCUUCCAAAUUAAUUCAUUCAAUGAGUCAGUAUAUGGUGAUGGUCUUGCCUUCUUCCUCUCUCCUGAUCCUUCUAUCAUUCCCUUCAGCUCAGCAGGUGGCUUUCUUGGUCUUGUUAACACUACUACAAAGUCCAUCAACGUGACUGCUAAUUCUAUUGUUGCUGUGGAGUUUGAUAGUUUCAAGAAUGAUUGGGAUCCUAGUGAUGAUCAUGUUGGGAUUAAUGUUAAUUCUAUUCAAUCAGUUGAAAGUAUUAAAUGGAAUAGUAGUAUAAAGAAUGGCAGGCCAGCUAAUGCAUGGAUUUCUUAUAAUGCUAGUUCUAUGAAUCUGAGUGUGUUCUUGACUUACGAGAAAGAUCCUGUCUUUGAUGGGAAUUCAAGUUUAUCUUAUAAGGUAGAUUUGAGAAAAUUCUUGCCGGAAAAUGGACAAAAUCCAACUGGUUCAAACAUCAGCAAUGAACUGAGGGAAAAUUUGCAAUCCACAGAUUUGCCGGAAGAAGCACCAAAUACGUUCAUCAAAAUUGCAAUUGAGGAAAAGAUGAUCAAUGGUUUCGGUAGCCCGUUCUAUGAAUCUGAGUGUGUUCUUGACUUUGAGAAAGAUCUUGUCUUUGGUGGGAAUUCAAGUUUAUCUUAUAAGGUAGAUUUGAGAAAAUUCUUGCCGGAAAAUGUUGUUAUUGGCUUUUCGGCAGUCACUGAAAGCCAGCUCGCCAGUAAGAUGAUUGUCUUCGCGGGUUAUAAUUUUCGCCUCCACUCCAGGGCACCUAACCAGCAAGAGGCAAAUGUUUCCGAUAGUGUCCUUAACUCGCCAGGAUUUUCUCACAGUGUAACAGUGUAA